CCACCUCUGGGCAGAACGGUUUUUCACUCAGAGCAAGUCGGACGUUUUGGAGCUGCCUGCCGUACCGGUCCCUGUUUAGUCUCAACCCUCGUCUCUCGUUGUGUUUGUGGCUGUGCUUAGUGUGUGUAUAUUUCUAAAUAAGUUUCCAUAAGAAAAAUCGUCUGCGUUGCGGUUUUCUUUGUCCUCCGUCAACGUCAACACACUGCAGAUUUCGGGUGACCCUCGAAACGAAAGUGCUACGCGCCGCGCCAACCAGUUCCAACCAAUCAACCAACCUACCAAACCCACAAACAAAGCACCAUGAGCUGGCAAGACUACGUCGACAACCAACUCCUUGCCUCGCAAUGCGUGACCAAAGCUUGCAUUGCCGGACACGAUGGUAACAUCUGGGCGCAGUCCAAUGGCUUUGAGGUGACAAAGGAGGAGCUGGCCAAACUGAUCAGCGGUUUCGACCAGCAGGACCUGCUCACCAGCAAUGGCGUUACACUCGCCGGCCAGCGGUACAUUUACCUCUCCGGCACAGACCGCGUAGUGCGUGCCAAGCUCGGCAGGAGCGGAGUGCACUGCAUGAAGACAACACAAGCCGUGAUCGUUUCCAUCUAUGAGGAUCCCGUUCAGCCCCAGCAGGCCGCAUCUGUCGUGGAGAAACUUGGAGAUUAUCUAAUUACUUGCGGGUACUAGGAGAAUAAAAAAAAUAAACACAACAACAACAAAUAAACAACACCCCAUCAACCACAACACACACCAACAACAACAACAACUACAACAACAAAAACAAGAGCAACAAAUUUGAUAAGAAAAAGAAAACCGUAAAUGAACUAAUAACACAUAAAAAAGUAAUUAUUAAUAUUUAAAUUUAUGGAAAAAAACGAAAGAAAAAAAAAAACAACGGCCAAGAAGUAAUUUGCGGUUUUUUUGUGUGUAUCAGGAGUAAUGGAACGAGCAAAACGCUAAAUAUAGUGUGAAAGAACGCAAAUAUUACACAACUACAAAAUUAUAAAUUUCUGCAUUAUUAUAUUUAAAACUUUUUGGUUUAUAUGAUAAAAACAAAAUAAAAGGAAAACACAAAACUAAAUCAAAGCAUAACUAAGAACUCAGUCAUUAUAACGUGGAUUACUACUAAACAAAAAAUAUAAAAAUAAAUCC